AUGCCACAAAGCGUGCAGCCAUCGUCGGGCAGCUCCGCAACUGGACAGCUGCGAGCGGCCCUCUCCGGACGCUCUCUCCACACCGCGGUCACAUCCUCACCUCCGGCGCAGAGCUUUUGGAACCGUGAAACCAGCAUGACCACAACACGCUCGCUAGUGCUCCUCGUCGUGAGCCUUGUCCUGCUAUGUCUCUCCACGGCACAAGCAGGCCCGGGCGUCGACCCCGCAUCGAUAGCGCAUCUUCCGUACCAGUACUUCCACGAGGACGGCGUGGGCGGUACCAACGCUGCAUGCUGGCUAUCGCGUCAACCCUUCCCGCCCACCGAAGGCGUCCACUGUCGCUUCGCAGACACCAUCUCCCAAGUCAAGGGCCGCCAAAUCCACCAGUGCUCCGGUGAACAACAUCUCUUCUGCAACGCUUGCCACGACCUCGAAACCAAACUCACAGAUCCAAAAGAACAGGUCGCCUGGAAGGUUCAAGGCUGCUAA